AAAGAAAGAUCGGCCAGCUGCUCUGGUGCACUCUGGUGGUUCUUGUAACAGCGUCACUGUUUGCUUGAUCUCCAAACAGUCCAAGUGUGGCACUGAGGCUCAUGCAUGAUCCUGCGACAAAACUAAUUCCAGUGGACGUACUUAAAUGGAAAAGGCUGGCUUUUCUUCUCCCAAACUUUUUAUUUUUUUUAUUUUUUUACUUGAUAUUUUGAUAUUUUCCUUGGAUUUAUGAAAGGGCUGAAACUGUGUGAACCAGUAUUGUUUUGGCUUCGCGGACAGUUUGGAUUCAUCUUUUCUCUGGAGAACGUGUUUUUGUUGCCUGCACAAACUUCCAGAAACAACAACAUCUUCGGAGGUGAUGACGAGCCACUGCUACUCCCUUCUGAGCACUGCCAAACAAGACUCGCAAGGUGUGAAAUGUGAUCACUAACUGCACAGAAAAGACACUGUCCAGUGAGACAAACUACCUCAGAUUUUUGUAAAAUCGUAUGUAUGAUGCUUGCAUGAGGCUCCUACAGUCCCUCAGUUGUGCUGACUUUGAUGUGAAAAUCUAACACUUUCCACCUCUUGUGACUAAGUUCCCUGACUAAGCAAAGAUGAACAAUUUGAACACAUCAUCCUCACUGAACACGACAGGCGCCAUAUACGCACCCAUGGGAAAAGAGAUCAUCGUUAUUCUGGUCUUCAUCAUACUCAUCAUAGUGGUGGGAAACCUGCUGGUCAUCAUUGCAAUAGCACGAACUCCGCAGCUUCAAACGACGACAAACAUCUUCAUUAUGUCCCUAGCAUGUGCGGACCUCAUCAUGGGGGUCCUCGUCGUGCCUCCUGGGGCCACUGUUGUGGUGACAGAUAAGUGGCAACUUACUGAAACAUUAUGUGACCUUUGGACUUCUAUCGAUGUCCUCUGUGUGACGGCGAGCUGUGAGACACUUUGUGUCAUAGCAGUGGAUCGGUAUAUAGCCAUUACCAGACCGCUACGGCAUAAAGUUCUGCUCAGUAAGUGGCGUGCCAGAAUAAUAGUUUGUAUAGUGUGGGUUGUGUCAGCCCUGAUUUCCUUUGUACCAAUAAUGACUUUGUUAUGGAGAGACGAAAAUGAUAAUUUGGCGAGGGAGUGCUAUGAAGAUCCCGCAUGCUGUGACUUCGUGACCAACAAGACCUAUGCUAUAAUAUCCUCUAUAAUCUCUUUUUACAUUCCACUGCUCAUAAUGAUAUUUGUUUACGCAAAAGUCUAUUUAAUAGCAUCCCGGCAGGUCCAGCAAAUAGAUAAGAGUCGGAUGCGCUUCCAAAAUGAAUAUCCAACAUCACAGACACAAGUUGGCCCCCAGCUCAACAAUACGCCGUCAUCGUCCAGCAACUGCAACAGUGCAGCGAGGAGCAAGAGUACCAAACGCAGGCCGUCACGGCUAAUACUUGUCAAAGAGCACAAGGCCCUCAAGACUUUGGGCAUUAUCAUGGGGGUCUUCACUGUUUGCUGGCUUCCUUUCUUUGUCGCCAAUAUCAUUAAUUCUUUUAACAAAGAAGUUCCUGAUAAAAAACUCUUUCGACUAUUAAACUGGCUUGGUUAUAUCAACUCUGGCCUCAAUCCCAUCAUCUACUGCAGGACUCCAGAGUUUCGCACUGCGUUCAAGAACCUGAUGGGCUGCCCAUGGAUGUCCACUCUGUGGAUCAAUUCUUUUUACAAAGAACUGCGGACUCGCUGCCCCUGCUUUCUAUGGGAAGCUGAGUCAGGCACAGCAAGCCCUUUUCAGAAGACUUCAACCAGUAGGACUGAGGGUAGUGACAGCCUGGCCAGUACACAGGCAAGCAGCAGAAGUGAAGAGACUUCCCCCGGUCCUCCACAGUCCAACGGCUGCACACAGUACAGUGACUAUUCGGAGCCAGAAACCACGUUAAAUACAUGCUGGCAUAUCAGUGAUGCCCUCAUCAACAUCCAAACCAACCAUCAGCUUCUGUCACGUAAUGCUGUGGCGUAUGACGAGACCACUUCUGCAAGGAUUCUCUUCAAAACAUCUCUCCUUAAUGUCAGAGAAGCGCUUUUACCCCUUUUCUUUUGCUACAUGACUAAGGGUUAAGGGUUUAGUUUUUCUGUGUCUCCCUUUGUUUUUAUCUGCCUUGUUUCUCUUAACAUUAGCCCUAAUAUGCAUACGAGAGGUGAGUCUUCGUGUAUCUGAAGGGCAAUGCUGUGUAUUACAAGCAGAGCGAGUUUGUUAGCACAGUUUAUCCAUCACUGAGAACAUUAAAAUUAAGUUAACAGAGAGUGGAACAUUUGAUUUCAACGAGCAGCAGCCAACUAGGUUGUGGACUAAAAUACUUUACGUAUGUGGAGCAGAAAUUACGGCGUCUGUUAGAUGACUGAUAGACUGAUUCAGAAACAUAGAGCUCUGCUGUGCAGGUCUAAUAUACCCGAGGUUUACAAAAGCCACACAACCAUGUGCUGCCAUCUAAAAAAGUCCACGCUGCUCGGGCAACACAGAUGAAGUUUCAAGAGAUGUACUAAAGGAGGGAUGUGGAACUCAUUUUACACUGUGGGGCACUUUGACCUUAACUGGGCGGAACGAGUAAAAAAGUUUAACUACACAUUGCAUCAUUAAGAUGUCUUGGCAUAAGAAAAAAUCAAGUGUAUUUAAACAGCAUGAUAAAUACUGUCGUCGUCAAUAGAAAUAAUCUGUCAGCAUGACUCUUUGGGUUUAAGGUGUAAGAAAUAAACGUGCAAAAUUACAGAAAAGAUUCUGGGGGCUCACUCUCGAGACUCUUCUGUGAUAAUAAAACAAAUAUUUUCCUCAUUUUUUAAAUCUUAUUUAUUUAGCUUUUUACUGUUUACCCACCAGAACAUAAAUAGUCAUUUCUGUUGUAGAUGGUAAAAAAAACCCUGAAACUUUGUGUUAUUUAAACGUUUAUAAACACACCCUUUACUUUUUAAAAAAAAAAGGUGUCCUGUGGGCUAGAUUGGAGCAUUUGGUGGGCCGAUUCUGGCCCCCCAGGCCAUAUAUUUGACACCACUUUAUUAAAGUCUCAAAUGUAUUGGAUUUAAUAAAACUGCAUCAGGUUAAAUAUGAAAUAAAGUGAUGCAAGAAAAGUAAAAUUAAUACACAAAUUUCAUAACAUUAAAAAUAUAGUACACUUAAAAUGUAGGAAACUGAAAGUGUUCAAACUCAUUUCUGUAGGAACUUAAUCACAAGUUAGGAUAAUAUUACAAGUGUACAACACUUAAAUCAAGUAGUACACCUGAUGUAACACCUGAUCUUAUGUAAACAGAUAUGCCACAUGAACUUUUUUAGUAUAGCAGAGAAAGCUGAUUGUAUAUAAUUUCAUUUUUUAUCAUAUUUCAAAAUCCAUAUUCUCCGCAGAGGUAGUGGAGUGUUGCUUUGAUAGUAACUGCCCUUCAACAUGAACGCCGAGCGGAAGUCAUUAAUCACUAAGAGUCUAGGUCACGACAGCCCAUCUCCUAGCUAAAGCUUAACAAUGUUCUGAGUGGGUAUGCAAACAUCAGAAACCACAUCAAACAUACACAGCAAUCAAAGUCCUAACAGUCAUAACACAGCUGAGUGAUGUGAAAUUAAAGAUUAACAGUCCCACAAGCCUUUGCACUAAGCUGAGAGGAACUAUCCGCAAUCAGCAAACUCAAGUGCAUAUUAAACGAAACAAGCAAGCAGGCAACAUGGGGAGUAGAGCAAGUCAACUAAAAAGAUGACUGCACUGAGUUUAAUGGCAGUAUUUAAGUACCGGCAGUGCUUACACCUAUGCAGUGCAUAUUUGAAUAUAUGCUCAUAUUUUUAACUUGUGAACCUUCAAAAGAACAACAAUGACGAACAUAGAUGACGAAUUCCAUUUCCAGUACUAACGCCAGCUUACUGAAGUCCAUACAAGAAGCUCCACAGGAUCUUGUAAAUAUCUCUGACAUGUAAAAGUUAACAACUUAGAGUUUAGCAAAUCUAAAAGGACAUUUUGUAUAUACGUCUGACAUUUCAGGUUCCUACUAUAAGUGACUGAGUGUGUCUUACUAGAACAAACUGUAUCAUUAUGCCAGCUAAAAAUGUACAUAUAAUUACCCACACAUGUAUGCUGUAUUCUCCAAGAGCGCCCGAUUUUUAUUAAUGGACGUGUUGUUAGUGUAAAAUAUAGUACACGGUAAUUGUAGACAAUUUAAAAACUGUGUAAACACAUAUUUCGGCUGUGUUGUGUUUACUAGUUAAGCGUGUCGAAGCGUGAGGCUUAAUGCAACAUACUCUGCAGCCUGUUAGAAACAAGCUUUUUACCUCUCUAAGCAGCCAAUGUGUGGUGACUCAAGUGUCAUGUGACAUUACAAUGGCCUAAAAAUGGUGUUGCACAUUGACAGACUGCAGUGGAACGUGUUGAAGCCACUUAGAGUUUUGAAGGUUCUUCGGGAGCAACAUGCACAAAUGCUUAGUUUUGUUUUCAGUGCCGUGAACCCUGUAAUGCAAAGGCCUCCCUGCGCUUUGCUAAUUGGGUCUGUUCCAUAAUAUGCACUUAGAUAGCUUAGAGUAAGCUCAGGCCUAAGAGAGCAUGAAGCAUGGAGCAGGGAAACACAAAACAUGGUGGUAUUGACCUGUGGGAAACCUCCAAUACCCUGGCUGAUAUGACAAACAAUAUCACUGCAAUAUGAUCUUUAAAUGGAGGCAUCUAGGAUACUUGACAACAUAUAUAC